UCUAUUGUAAGAUUUUGGCCUCGUCUUCAUUUCCUACAAUCUUUUGAAAGCACAAAACUUUACUCCAUCGUCACUUGCCCAGUUAGUCCAAGGUCUGCAAAGAAAAACCCGAUGGCCAAAUGUAUGGAUACUUCAGUUAUAAAAAUUCAAGUGGGUGCAGUUGUCUGGUUUAUUCUGUAGUAAUUAAUGGAACAUAUGUCAUGGCUGUGAACCAGGCUGUCCUGUCUUUCCCCUGACUAGCAUGUUGCUUCUGCGCUCUGGCACGUAGUAGCAUUAGUAGUAAAUUCCAGUUUUAAUUUUCUCUGGCCAGCCAGGGAGAAACAGGCAGAUCUAUUAUAUGGCUGUCUGCCUGGGCUGAAGAGGAAGGUUAUAUCCAGCCUGCCAAGAUCCGUCUGCAGAAAAUUUUCAACUGAUGCUAUGUUAUCUAUUGUUUAUCUAUCUUUGACGGCAGUGGUUAAUGCUCUCGUUACGGAUGGGGGUAAACAAGUGUCUCUAUGAAGUAACAAACUGCAGACCUUGUGUUGAAGAAAAUGAGAGAGCGAAAGAAAUAGAAAUUCAUGGCGAUGCAUGUUGUGGGCUGAAGGUCUACUCUACAGCUAAGGAAAGGAAAUGAGGAAGGACCACAAAGCUCAAGCCUCCAUGUUCAGGUUCUAUGCACUUCAACCCAAAUAUGGUACCAUCUCCAUGUUCACCCUAUAUAGAAAACAAUUGAGAAGGAGAUUUCGGUCCAUCACAUGGGACUGUGAUUUCUUUGGGGGAGGUAAAUAGCUAGUCAUUGGAAGAAACCAACAAAUAACAUUAGACUAUUCGAUUACAACAAAGAUCAAAAUUUAAUUAUCUUAAACUUUCCAAACACCACGUGCAUGGUUUCCAUGAUCGAAACCUCAAAUGACGUGCUUUCAUACUUGAGAUUUAGUCGACCCUUGCGAGUGAGAAGUACUGUGAUUUUUUUCACAAGAAUGCUUGUGUAAAUAAACAAUGGUGAGACUUCUCUAAGAUUUACUCAGCUCCAUGUGAGCUGCUUCUUGGCCCUUGAGCUUUCCAUACUAUUCUCCCUUUCUAGAGAGAGAGAGAGAGAGAGAGAGAGAGUAGGAUAUCUAUAAUGCCAUCCUCGAAGCUUCAUUUUGUUCCCCACCCAUCCUCUCCCCUCGAUGCCUCCACUCCAAGGCUAAUCAUUUGAUUGAAUCUCAAAUCAAGAUCUCUCCUUUGUCUUUCCUUUACUCCCCUUCUUUUGUCUCUUUCCAUAGGAUCUCCUCAAUUGUUUUCCCAACCCAGUCUCUUGGCUCAUUGCAGCAAUCCCCACCACUCCAAUCUUCCAAAGUUCGAAACUUUCUGCUUAAACAACGUAGACCUUGAUGGAUUCAUGUGUUAGUAUAGGAUGUUAAGUUGGAAAGGGAAGCUGAUAAAAGGAAAACGAAAAUGGGAUGCACUACUUCUGUGUAUGCAAUUGGAAAGAGGAAGAAGGCAAGUAUACCAGAAACUGCGAUACACGUUCCUUCUCUUAGAAUUCCAGCUCAGUCUGACAUUCAGAGAGCUCUCAAAGGAUUAGUCCCUAAAGAUCUUAUUGAUCGAUUAACCGGUCUUCGAAGUCAGAUUAUAUUGAUAGCUGAGGACACAGGUGGAUCUGCUAUAGUAGAAUUGAAGAGAGCAUUGGAUGACUACUUGUCCCUUCUCAUUGGUCUAACUAAGAAAGAACAUGGAAUUGAGGACUUGGUUGAGUUCAGGUGGAAAAACUUGGAAGAUGGCAGACAGGAAGCUGGUUUAUCAAACUGCUGGUUUGAAUUGUUAUCAGUUGUUCAUAUGAUGGCAAUGCUGACUUUGGCUGAGGCAAACUCAUUGAUGAUCCCAAAGGAUUAUUCUGGAUCAGGCCUAAGGCUUGUUUCUUCAGAUUGUAAGAGGGAAGCUGUUGAUUUACUGCUGAAGGCCUCAGGUUACCUGGAAUUCUGUAUUCAUGAAGUAUUGACUCAUAUACCACCAGAAAUCAAGACAAGUUUUCCUAAGGACUUGCAAGAUGGUGUGCUGGAUGCUAUAUCAAUUCAAGCUUUAGGCCAGGGGACAGAAAUUCAACUGGGUUUAGCUAUUGAAAGCCAGAAGGCCACUUUGUCAGUGAAAAGGAGGCUAGCAUGUGAACAGCUGAUCUACUUCAGUCAGGCUUAUCAGAGCUUGUCAGGAGCUGACAUCAGCGAUGGCCACGGAAAGAAGCAUCUCAGCUUCAUCAAGUGGAAGUACCUUGAAGCCAAGGCUGCAGCUUAUUAUUUCCAUGGCCACAUUCUUGACAAAGGGAGUGAACCGGCCUGCCAUGUCAGUGCAGUCUGCUGUUUCCUUGCUGCAGAAGGACUUCUCACUGAGAGCAAGAGAGCCUGCUUAAGCUUCUGCCUCUCAGCUCCUGUUACCAGAUCUCCUCCACCAUGGGGAGCUAUGAAGUAUUUGUAUCAGAAAAUCCCUGAAAUUGCUGCAAAGAAGUCUGAAAUGUAUGGCUACCUAUUGGAGGAAGAAAAGGCUCUACAGUCAUUACCAGAGCUACCAGAUUUCCAGCUCUCAUUAAGGCCAGAUGACUACGAACUCCCAGAAACCGACCAAGCUUGGGACAGUAGGAACUGGGAAAUCCAGAGCCAAGCCUUGAAAGAUCACCUCCAAGACAGUGAAGGAGAAGAAGAGAGCUAAAAGCAACAAAGGGUAAAUAAAAAGAACCAUACUUUUGAGGGAGUUUGGAUCCCAAAACACUGUCACUCUCUUUGUUCCAAUCUACUGUGUGAAGCCAUUACUCCUUACUCAAUUCAACCAUCCUCUUUGUUCUUAUAUAUAUAGCUUGGGAAAAGGAUGGAAAACUAUUACAUAAGGGCAAGUGUGAUUACUGAAUAUUACUCAACCAGUGGACCAGACCUUUUGGUUUACAUCAUACACUGAAACUUUCCUAUAUAUAAUCCUGCACAAAUCCACACCCCAUAAGCACUCACAAUCUCUCAAACUCUCUUUACCAUAGAGUAAACGUUUAGUAGGGCGUUAAAUAUAGGGUAAUGUGGGUUUUAGUGAGGAGAAGAAGAGGCUGCUAAUUUGCUGGCACAGACAAAGGUGAGAGCCAAGUAAGUGCAAAGAACCAUGUAAGACAAGACAACCGAAGCCAACAUUUUGUGGCAGAAGUUAGGAACAUUCUCACAGAAGGACAUCCAUCCAAUCUCUUCUAUCCCAUCGUAGCCCACAAGUCCUAUAGCUGUUGCUGCUCCACACGCAGCAGUCAUUAGCCCCAUCAUCACCUGCAUUGUUUUUUUUGUUUUUCUUUUACAAUGUUAUCAUCGUAUAAUGACAGACAUCAUAAGCUAAACACGAACGUCGAUCGUUUGGAUGAAAAUGGUUCGACUUGGGAAUGUUUCUGUGCUAGGUAUUUGUAUUUUACCAGCUUGUUACCCAACUUAGAGCUCUAACAAUAAAGAAUUACAGUAUGAAACUUAAGUGAACCCACGGUACUUUGAUGAAGGUGAAAAAUGAUAGUAAGGAAGGAACAAAAGCAGUGUUGGGUAACCAUGAGGGAUGGAGUAAAUGCUGUUCAACGGUAUUUUGAAAAUUCAUCCUCUGCAAGUUUGGUGCCUGAAAUCUAGAUGGCAUAUUCAAUAGGACAUUACUUUUUGGCAGGGUGCUGAUAAAUGUUCGCCAUAUACCCUACUCAAAUUAGAUCCAGUAUAAAGUCAUGGGCAGUGA